AUGCCAGUUAUUGUUCAAUUAUCAAUAAGUGAAUGCGAUGUGAUUAAGACGAUUUUAGAAUUUUUGGAAAUGAGAGGACUUCACAUUGCACAGCUAUCAUUAGAACGAGAAACGGGUAUUACGAAUAGAAAUUGCUCAGAUGAUUUACUAUUCUUACGUCAAUUAAUACUCGAUGGUCAAUGGGAUAAUGCGCUGGAUUUUGUUGAUCCACUUCGUGAUUUACCCGAUUUUGAUCUUCGAAUGUUUCGUUAUCAUAUCACAAAAUAUAAAUAUUUCGAAUUGCUUUGCAUAAAACAAGAGCCGGGUCCUAUGCACGAUAACGAUUUUACAGUUGAAGAAAUCGUGGAAUGCUUAAAAGAUCUUGAACAUAUCUGCCCAACGCCAGAAGAUUUUCGUAGUUUAUGCGCCCUUCUUACUUUACCGAAAUUAUCCGAUCAUACAGAUUUUAAAAACUGGAAUCCUAGUAGUGCACGUGUUGAAUGUUUCCAUAAAAUCGAACCGAUGGUAGCUCCAUUACUUCCAGCAACAAAAAAGAGUUCAGAUGGAAUAAUGCCAUAUUCAGCUAACGAUCGUUUGAUGCAGCUUAUUGUUAAAGGUUGCUUCUAUGAAGGUUGUGUCGAUUAUUGUCAGGCUCAAGCGCUUGGAGAUAAAGAUGGAUUAGAAAAAGGAGUAUUAUCAUCAACCGUGCUAACUAUAAGGCCACAUCUUUCUAACGCUGAUCUAUCAUUAGUCUCAUGGCUAGAAGCCGUCGGUCGAGAACAAUUCAUUCUACCUUUUCAACAAAAAACGCUUGACAUGAAAUUGGAACAAAUGAAGAAACCCAAAUUAGAAGCACAAUGGACGGUUGAAAUAUUAAAUACACCAAUAAAACCUGGUGGAAUAUUUCCACAUGCACUUGUGCCUAACAAUAAACUUAAGUGUGCUGAAAAAACGUCACGAUCUAUGAUCAUUCCUUCAAUUUCUUACAAAACGGAUCAUCCAAUGUCUUACUCGACAAUGCCAAUGAUUGGAUUCUCGAUCCAACAAUCAGAAGAACAAGAACAAUCAACGAUGGCUCAAAGUCAUAUUAUUGAUGCUAUGUUUGAAACAUCUGAACAAACUCGAAGUAGUCGACCAAAUGCAAUACGUAUUUCAAGAAAUUCAAUGUCAUCGUCAACUUUACAACCAUUAUAUAAAUCCAACAUGGGUCAGAGUAAUGCAAUUGCUAUGCCACAAAACAUGAUUCCCUCUUUAUUACCAGUAGCACCUCCAGUUUCAACAACAAUUGACUUCUCAUAUCGACGGCAAUUAGACGAAAUGGCUCGUCGAGGUGAACGAAUCUGUUCUUUACCACCAGUUCCGGAAAUAACAACACCAAACGAAAAUCAUCUAUCUUCUGAUGCAACACCUUGUGUCAACGCAAUGACAACUUCAAGACUUCUCACUGAAUUUUCGCAUCGAAUGCAACGUGGAUCAGCAAAUCUAAAUGAGCGAAUUGAAAUGGGAAUGGCGACUUCAUUAAUGCAAAUGCAAAACGCUUGUGCAAGUUAUAAUGAUACGACGAUUGCUCCAACUGCUAUUGAUUCGAAACAAUUCAUAGCUCCGCCAAUGAAAAUUAUAAAUCCUAUGAUAAGAGAAUGGAAAUUUAUCAAUUUUAUUUAUUUACAGUAUACUGCAACACCUGUAGUAAUGUAUAAUACAUCACAAGCCAAUAGUGAAAAGCCAGUUGAUCAUUCUCCCAUAAGGCGAAGUGCUAGCUUGCAAACUAGGCCAGUAACAAUUUCAACAAAAGUAUCACACGAAUCAUCCUCUGCAAACAGUUUAAAUGUUCAAUUCGUGCCAAUUUGUCGAUACGAGGAUUCUCAAGCGAUUCGUGCUGUCGCAUUUCAUCCAAGUGGACGAUUUUUUGCAUUAGGAACGAAUUCAAAGCAAUUACUUGUUUGCAAGUAUCCUGACUUGCGCAAUUUCAAAGCUGAGAUGCCACCACAAAAUGUUGACAUCAUAUUAUCGCGACCCAAACAACACCGUGGAAGUGUCUAUUGUCUUGGUUUCAAUCCGACCGGUGAAUUGCUUGCUACUGGUUCUAAUGACAAAUCAUUUCGUUUAAUGGCGUUUAAUACUGAACACUGUAAAAUAGGUGCAGAAAUGGAAAUAAAUAUUCAUGAUGGUACAAUUAGGGAUUUAGUUUUUGUAGACGAUUCAAUUAAUAGAAAUACAGUUUUAAUUUCGGGUGGUGCUGGUAAUUGCCGUAUUCACAUAACCGACUGCUCAAGUGGUCAUUUACUGAAUUCUUAUCACGGGCAUACGGCACCCAUACUCGGCCUUUAUGCUUGGGGAAAUGGUUGCUUCGCAAGUUGUUCACAAGAUAAAACUAUAAGAAUUUGGGAUUUGCGCUCCCCACAGUCGAUUAAUGUAAUUGCUGCAAGCAGCAAAGUUGCGAACGCGCCAGUCACGUCUGUUUGUGUUGAUCCUAGCGGUAAACUUCUUGUUUCGGGGCACGAAGAUGCAUCAGUAAUGCUUUACGAUAUUCAUGGAAAUCGUAUUGUGCAAAUAUUUCGCCCUCAUGCUGAUGAAGUUCGAACAGUUCGUUUCAGCAAUGCUGCCUAUUAUUUAUUGAGUGGUUCAUAUGAUAAAAGAGUGGUGAUAACAGAUAUGAGAGGUGAUUUAAUGGCACCAUUAAUGUAUCUUCCAAUAGCUGAGCAUAAAGACAAAGUUAUCCAGUGCAGGUGGCAUCCUCACGAUUUUUCAUUUUUGAGUACGAGCGCAGAUCGUACAGCCAUUCUUUGGUCACUUCCACCACCUUCACUGAAUGAAUAG